CCGGGGGUCGCCCGGUCUCUCUUUCCUCUUCCGGAAUCGCCCCUCCGGAGGCCCUGUUCCCGCUCGGGCCGGUCCCGGGAUGGCUCCGCGGCUGCAGCUGGAGAAGGCGGCCUGGCGCUGGACGGAGACAGUGCCGCCCGAAGCCGUGACGCAGGAGCACAUUGAGGCGGCCUACCGGAUCGGGCUGGAGCCCUGCCAGCGGGGCGCUUGCAGGAGAAACUGCAGAGGGAAUCCCAAUUGCCUGGUGGGGAUUGGAGAGCACAUUUGGCUAGGGGAGAUCGAUGAAAACACCUUUCACAACAUCGACGAUCCCAACUUUGAGAGGCGAAAAAAGAAUGCGUUUGUAGGCCUCACCAACCUGGGGGCCACGUGCUACGUCAACACUUUCCUACAGAUGUGGUUCCUAAAUCUGGAGCUCCGGCAGGCGCUGUAUCUGUGUCCGGUUGCAAGGCCUGAAUGUGUCACUGCGGCAAAGAAAGAUUACGAGCCUCAGACCAUUUGCGAGCACCUCCAGUACUUGUUCGCCUUGCUCCAAAACAGCAAAAGGCGAUACAUUGACCCAUCGGGGUUUGUGAAAGCACUUGGCUUGGACACAGGUCAGCAACAGGACGCCCAGGAGUUUUCCAAGCUGUUCAUGUCCCUCCUGGAGGACACCCUGUCUUCUCAAAAAAACCCGGACGUGCGCGACAUCGUCCAGAAACAAUUUUGCGGAGAAUACGCCUACGUUACAGUUUGCAACCAGUGUGGCCGAGAGUCCAAACUUAUCUCCAAGUUUUACGAGCUUGAAUUAAACAUCCAGGGCCACAAGCAGCUGUCAGACUGCAUCACGGAGUUCCUGAAGGAGGAGAAGCUGGAGGGGGACAAUCGUUACUUCUGCGAGUCCUGCCAGAGCAAACAGAACGCCACCCGGAGGAUACGCCUGCUCAGCCUCCCUUGCACCCUCAACCUCCAGCUCAUGCGCUUCGUGUUCGAUAGGCAAACAGGGCAUAAGAAGAAGCUGAACGCUUACAUCGAGUUCUCCGAACUGCUAGACCUGGGACCCUUCAUGGAAGACAAAGCCAGCGUCUUCGUCUACGAGCUCAGCGCCAUCCUCAUCCACCGUGGGGUCAGCGCCUACUCGGGCCAUUACAUCGCCCACGUGAAGGACCCCCAAACCGGGGAGUGGUACCGAUUUAACGACGAAGAGAUCGAGAAGAUGGAAAGCAAGAAACUGCAGCUGGGAGCGGAGGAGGACUUGGAACCUUCUAAAUCUCAGUCUCGGAAGCCCAAGUGCGGGAAGGGGAUUUACCGCUCCCGGAACGCCUAUAUGUUGGUGUAUCGGUUGCAGUCGCGGGAGAAGUCCCUGGCUGUUGAACUCCCAGCUUUCCUGCAGGAGCUGGUGGAUGAGGACAACAGCCGGUUUGAGGAGUGGUGCCACGAAAUGGCCGAGAUGCGGAAGCAGAGCGUGGCGCGGGGCAAGGUCAAGCACGAAGAGGCUGCCCCUACGACUUUGUCUCCCUGGAAUGGCUGCAGCAGUGGCUGGACGAAUCAACGCCCCCCAAAGCCAUCGACAACACGGGUUGUUUGUGCUCUCACGGCAAGCUGCACCCAGAUAAGAUCUCCACCGUCAAGCGAGUCUCGGAGGACGUGGCCGACUACUUCUACAAGCGAUACGGAGGAGGACCCAGGCUGACAGUGAAAGCCCUCUGCAAGGACUGCGUGGUGGAGAGAUGCCGGGUGCUGCGGCUGAAAAGUCGGCUAAGCGAGGACUACAAAGCCGUC